AUGAAGUAUACCUCCAAGACUAUCAUAGCGCCCUGCCUCUUGUUGCAUCGUGCUAUCAGGGAGGACAGUUCUGAUUCAGGCAAAGACCAUGAGUCAUGUGUCGAUGUUGAUAGCAACUCCGAGGUAUCAGAGUAUUCGGUUUCGGACCUCAGUCCAGUUUCAGAAGUCUCUCAAGGAGUUCGAAGGCAUAGCAGUGACCAGCACGACUUUGACAGUAGUGCUUCUGAAUCAUCUGAAACACCGGUAUCUGACCACUGGACUGCCUCGGAAUUCUGUCAAGGAUUUCAGAAUCGUAAUGCGGAAUCUGAAUCUGCAGAAUGGUGCAGUCAAGGCUCCGGCGACAAAUCCAGCACAGCACCUCUUGAUGAGGAUGUAACGGCGAAGCUAGAUCCGGUAUGUAAGUUAGAUCCAUAUCUCAUUGAUGGUUCCAUCCUACCUGAUACGACACGUGCUUCCGUCUUACUAUCGUUGCUGUGUGUGGGCACUCCUGAUACGAUCUGGGGCAUGCUGGCAAGCACCCUCUAUCAACGACAUGUAUGGAAAAUGAAGCAUCCUGCUAUGGGUAUUAUCAUUGCUCCGGCCUGGUCAAAGAUACAGCUGGUCAUUGCCUGGCUUGAUAAAUCGGACAUCUGGAACGAUUUGCCCUCUGUUCAUGCUGUGUGCAUCGCUACAUUGAACCAUCCAUCUGGGGUUUUUGACCUUCAAAAUCCAGUUGAUUCCCUCUCCUUCAUCCUUAUCUUAUUCAGACUACACUCCUACUUCCAUGAAUUGCAAUCAACAUAUGAUGCCAAAUUCAUUGCUUAUCAACAUGGUUUUCACGAAGUCGACGCUCUUGAAUGGCGAUCUGAUCAUGCUCCUAACGCAAUCCCUGCAUGUAGGCUUUUGCGAACGUUUUUGAUAAAAGCUGCAAGUCAACCUGCAACAACCUCUGAAGGAGCCUCUUUGCGGCAAAUCAAAAAACGUCGCUAUGUCGAAGAGCAAACAAGCACUGAAGCAGGCCUUCUACCGAUUGCUUUGGGAGAGAGACUGCUAAUGGCACCACUUGAAGGCAUUCCAGGAGACAGUGACGAUGACUUAUCCGAGUCCGAUGUUAGAUCCAAGAGAUACUCGGCCAGCAGCUUUGCCACUGCCCACCAUAGAACUGGCAAGACUACAGAUGGAUGCGUCUAUUCAUGGAUGUAUUGGAGGGGUAUCAAACUGGAUAUCUAUCCAUCUGACAUUUGUGAACAAAAUCAGGUUACACAGAUGUACAAGCGGUACACUGAUCUGUACCAAUUGCCAACACUCUUUACGGGAGCACAAUCCUCCGAUCCGGCAGUGCAGGCGGAGCUUGACGUCUUAAAAAUGAAUCUAGACUCAGGUCGGAUGCGCUUCCAAAGCAGCAACAUUCUUCCUGAUCCCAUUGGCAUAUACCUCAAACAGAAGAUGGAGUUGAUUCUGACAGCAUCUCGGAAAGCCCGAGAUAUGAAAGCGAGUGUGCAAAGGGAAAAUAUCCCUGAAGCUGAAGCACGGUCUACCUGGGACAUGCUGCUGGGCAUUGCUUCUGAUAUCCAUCAAGAUGGCGAUAUACAUUUUCACCUUGAGCGAAUGAUCAAGCUCCCUCGGAAUGACGAGUACAGCACUUCCCUGGAGGUGGUCGAGGACUUGAGAAUUAGACGCUCAACCUGGACAACUGAUACCCUCAAGUUUGCUCGGCGUGCAUGCGAAGUUGGUGGUGAAGAGGGUUCAUGGCUCUCUGCUAUUGCGCAUGCCUCCACCACUUUUUUGGUUAACACUCGUGUCUGUUCACCAACUCCGAAUUUGGCUCCCAAAGAACCCAAGCAGGCCAAAUGUGACAACCUAGUCACACUUACAUGCCACAUUUUCCCGGUAGCCACGAUGACCACCGCACAAUGGUCUCGUCUCAAAAAGUUCUCUCUUGUCACUCAGCCUACUCGCGAGAAAACAGCGAUUGUCGACCGGACCCCCAUCUCAUCUGCAAGCAAAGAUGAUUACCGGGAUGCGUUCAACAAGAAUGCCAUUAUAAUGACUUCUCGACAACAAGUCACCAUUGACUGCAAGGCCACAGAGGUACUACCGCCAUCGCCUUUGACACCAUUAGAAAGUCCUUUCCAGGUGUUACAUAUCAGCAACAAUAUUCGAAUGGAUCAGGACAACAGCCCAGGACUGACUGCUUCAGUUCCCAGUACCAAGGAUGUCUCCAUUAUUGGCACUCUAAUGUUUGUUCUCUGUAUAAAUGAGAACAAAAAGUUUCUUGACCAACGUGGGAAGAACGGUGUCAACCAAAGUCGCAUGGGCCUUGUGGCCUGUCUCAAGUUCCUUGCCGCCAUUGGCAUUACCAAUUUCCCAGUAUACAGCGUCAUAACCGAUGGCACUUUGGGUACCAUUGUAAGUGCCCAUAUGAAGGAUUGCAUGGAAGGAGUAAUUUAUGAGCACAAUGUAAGAACAUUUGACAUUUCAAACCCCGUUGAUGCCCUCAAUGUUGCUACCUUUAUCAUGUUCAUUGCUAUGGAACAUGCACAAGUACUCCAUGAUUUACUUAGUGAGCAAAAACUUCAGGAACUUGCCGGGCAGUUAGACCAGGAUGAUCCUUCCCUCCACUGGACAAUGGAGCACCAGUUUCCUGCAGCGAAGAAGUCUUCUUAG